GUGCCUAGGGAGGUGUGUUAUAUUUUUGGUAUCAGAGCUAAGGUUUUGCUAAUACAUUAAUCUACCAUUACCAGAGGAAAAAGAUGAGUCAGGGAGACAUUACUUCUACUCUUCCUCCUGUUGAUGAUGUGAAUGCCCGAAUGGACAUAAUGCAAAGGCCAUUAUGGAUAUGAGUUCUUUAGGGAUUAUCUGCGACAUGAGAACAACAAUAAUGCCCCACAAAACACUGGUGGCAAUUUACAACAAACAGUGGACUCUAGGGACGGAAAUGAGCAGUUGACAUUGGUGAAGCAAUUUCAGAACAUGAACUUGCCCAACUUCAAUGGAGUUCCUGAUCCCGAUGUGGCUAAGUCUUGGGUUAAGAAAUUAGAAAAGAUGUUCAAGCUCCUGAAAUGUACUAACAGGCAAAAAGUGGAGCUGGCAGUGUUCACGUUAGAAGCUGUGUUGGAAAGAAAGGAACGAGAGUUCAUGAAUUUGAAGCAAGAUGACAUGACAGUUGAUGAGUAUCAAGCUAAAUUCAGUUCUCUUAUGAAGUUUGCUCCUCACCUUGUUAAUGAUGAAGUUAGGAAGGCAAGGAAGUUUCAAAGAGGGUUGAAAGCUCCCAUUAGGAAAAAGGUGGUUCCUCAAAUGCUAAAGACUUAUGAUAAGGUCUUAGCCACGGCUCAAAUAAUUGAGCAAGAUAUGAAGGAGCAAAAAAUGGAGACUCAUGACUCAAAAGGCAAGGGAAAGGCUAUCAACAACCAGCCUUUCAACAAGAAGCCUGAACAAAGGGGAAAAAGGAAGAUCCCCAAAAGCAACAAGCCAAGUUUUGAUUUUUGUAAGAGGUGCGGUAAGAACCAUGGGGGAAAAGAAUGUUAUCGGUAGACUAAGGCAUGUUUCAAGUGUGGGAAGACUGGCCACUUGAUCAAGGAUUGCCCAGUUCUCAAAGGAGCAAGUCAACAGCCAAAGGAUAAAGAUAAUAAGAAGCCAAGGGUUCAAGGAAGAGUUUUUGCCAUCACAGAACAAGAAGCUCAAAAUACUCCUAUAGUUAUAAAAGGUGAAAUACCUA